GAUUUCACUGCUAACGUCCUUGCAUAAAGUCCACUUGUACACCCCUGCAACUAGAACGCAGAAGAAACACCAGAGGUCCAAUAUGAACAGAGUUUUAAAUAAAUCCACCUUAAGAAGCCUGACUGGCCUCAUCCAGAGGUUUCAGAGCACCUUGGUUGUUGCAGAACACAAUAAUGACAAGCUGACCCCCAUUACUCUCAACGCCAUCACUGCUGCUGGUAAACUGGGUGGAGAUGUGUCUUGUCUGGUCGCAGGAACAAACUGUGCAAAGGUUGUGGAGGAAAUCAGCAAAGUACAGGGUGUGAAGAAGAUUCUGGUGGCCCAACAUGACUCUUACAAAGGCGCCUUGCCUGAGGAGUUGACUCCCCUUAUCCUGGAAACGCAAAAGCAGUUCAACUUCACUCAUAUCUGUGCUGGAGCUUCUGCUUUUGGAAAGAAUCUGCUUCCCAGAGUCGCUGCCAAGUUGGAUGUUGCCCCAGUUUCAGAUAUUAUUGAAAUCAAAUCUCCAGAUACCUUUGUCAGGACUAUCUAUGCAGGAAACGCCCUCAGCACUGUGAAGUGUAACGAGGCAGUCAAGGUCUUCACUGUCAGAGGGACGGCCUUUGAAGCAGCACCUGUGGGGGAAGGAAACGCGGCAUCAGAAGAAGUGGCUUCUACUCCUCCUACUGGAGUUUCUGAGUGGCUGGAGCAAAACUUGACAAAGAGCGACCGUCCAGAGCUGACAAGUGCAAAGGUUGUGGUGUCAGGAGGAAGAGGCUUGAAGAGUGGAGACAACUUCAAGCUGCUUUACGACCUUGCUGACAAAUUAAACGCUGCUGUCGGGGCCUCAAGAGCUGCUGUGGAUGCUGGAUUUGUCCCGAAUGACAUGCAAGUUGGACAGACUGGCAAGAUAGUAGCACCGGAGCUGUAUAUUGCUGUUGGAAUCUCUGGAGCUAUUCAACACUUGGCCGGAAUGAAAGACAGUAAGACUAUCGUUGCUAUCAACAAGGACCCAGAAGCUCCCAUUUUCCAGGUGGCUGAUUACGGCCUCGUGGCGGAUCUUUUUAAGGCUGUUCCUGAGAUGACAGAAGCUUUGAGCAAGUGAGGAGAAACAACGCAGCGCCUCGUCGCAGAGAAAGAAAGGAAUUAGAAAGUCGUCAUGGGAAGCAGUCGCUGCCUUAACAAUGUGUUGAAGAUGAAUGUUGUGCUACAAAAUCUCAUCUUUCUGUCCGAGUUUUUUAAUGUAGACAGCAGAUUUCCAACUGUUAAUGAAUAACCUGUACCUACAUUUUGUUCUUUGUGUUGAUUUGUAUUUUAAGAGCUAGAACAGUUGGUACUUCUUUUAAAAAUGAAAUGUAAGGUGUAGCUCUGCUCAUUGACUCAAAGGACAAGUACACUAAGUGAAGAUAUGCUUUUGAAAAGCAUUUAUUAAAUACAUGGCUCAAAACCUU